UGGAAUGAUCCGCUGUGCGUACCAAACAUUAACUUUAUGUGCAUAAGAAUUUUCGUCAGUUUCUGACAAGAGGAAGAAUGACUUGUCAUCAAAAAGUUGGGAUUUGUUGAGAGACGUAUCAUCAGAGUGGCCUCAGUGACCUUAAACUGAUCAGCAGAAGAUACAAUUUAUUUAAUAUUUUUUGACAAGCUAGCAAGAGUUCUCACAUGCUUUUGAGUUCAUUGAUAUCUCCAUGUGGUUAUUCAACUUCUCCUCAAAAAACAGCGCCAUGCGAUGCACCAUGCCCAAUAUUUUAAACAACUUCGACGAAGCAAAAAAUCAUACAGAAGAAGAUAUUAAAUAAAUCACUGAUGCUUAAAAGAUAACAGUUACAAACAAAAAUACGAUAAUAAGCUUCGAAAUAAUAAUAAAAAAAUUAUGAUAAGAUGUAACUAUGAUAAAUAAGUAAUAAUAAAUAUGAAUAUGAAAUUGAGCAUACUUGUGACAAUCUUUUGUGUUGUUGCUGCAACACAUUUACAUUCUAAAGAAACUCGACAUCAAAAAGUUACCCACCACAGUAAAAAAGCUUCAUCAAAACACCUGAAACAUGUGAAGAAAAGUGUGGCAAAUGCUACUCGACGCGAUAGCCUUGGCUUUUUGAAAGCAUUCACAGAUGUAUUAAAGAAAAAAAUAGACACGACUCUGAACAUUGAUUUGGAAGGAGAGAAACACAAAGACUAUCAUGUCAAUGACAAAAAAAAUCAAAAAAAAUCGACAAAACCUUCAAAUCCUUCAAAACCAUUAAAAAAAAUUAAAAACAAAAAAACUAAAAAAAUAGUGAAAAAAGUAGAGCAAAAAGACGAUGCUGAUGAUUUUGACGACGAUAUUGAUCUCGAUGAUGAUAACGAUAUGGAAGGUUCGACAUCGGCUAAAACACAAACAAAUCAAAACCAAGACAAUAUAAAUGCUGAAUAUGGUGUACCAAAGACACCUGCCGCCAUAAACUACGAGGUACCCAAUGAAGGAUCUAAUAUGAAAGCCGCGAAAACGAAAUUAGCAACUCAAACAACAGAAGGAGCUCUAUUGGCACCCGUUGCAACAACAGAGGUAGAAUCAGGAUCAGGGAGUGCUGAAGAUAAUGCAUCUGGGAGCUCUGGAGCGGAUGAAGGCGCUGCAGUGAGCAACGAACUCGAUCAAAACAAAGCAUUAAAUGGACAAGCUCUUCCUCAAGUAUCACCCCAACAGAUCCAAGAUAAUUCUGCUCAAAGCAGCUCACCUGUUUCAAAUUUCCCAGUCCCUCCGAUGAUACCCAUACCUUUGUUUUACAACAGUGGUGAAGCGACAGUAGGUUCUGGUGCAUCUGGCCUAAGUGACAUUAAGGCUACUAAAGAUCUUGCCGAUGGUGUUGGAGAAUCUGGAGAUGGGGAGUAUGCAAAACCAAGCGGUGACUGGGUCUCAAGAAUACUUUCAAAAAAGAAGCAAAAGCAUAAAUAUGAAGAUGAAGAUGAUGAAGACGAUGGAUUUGAUGAAGAUGAACAGCACCAGCAGCAGGACAAUGAGAGGUGGAUGGUGAACUCUAAAGGAAACUCCAAACAACAACAAAGCAAGUCCAGCCAGCAGCAAGUAUACCAACAGCAACAGCAGCAAACAGGUCAGGUGACUCAAGCAAGUCAAGGAAGUCACACUAGUUACGAGUAUCACUACGAUGUCAAUACACCACCAAAAGUAACAUAUACUUAUCAAUCUUAUCAAGUACCUCCCCAUACUGAUACGUACUCUUAUAGUAACAACUAUUACGUGCCACCUGAUUAUUACCAUCCGCAAGUAUAUGAUCCAUAUGCUGGAGCAAAUCCUCCUAGGCAAGAUGCAAAUGUUGCAGCACCGCCUGUUCCACCAGUUCCUGCCGUGGUUAAUGCACAAUCUACAUACCCACAACAAACAUCUAAAACGUGGGAGUCUCAACCAGCAGCUCCCCAAGCUAGCUUCGGGAACCAGGUUACUUCACCUGUCGAAAAUAUAGCACAGCCUGCAACAGCUACUGGGAUAGCCGCACCUUAUGUUCCAGAAGAUAAUAAGUACAGCACAGGUGAAUGUGCUGCGACAUGUCCCGCUACAUGCGCACCAGUUUGUGAUGCUGCUUGUUGUAGAGGUAGUAUAACAACUCCUGAGAUGUCACCAGCUCAACCACAAACACAAACGUCACAGUGGAAAAGUUUUGAAGAUGGGCAAGGUGUUGGGAACGCACAAGAAGACUACCAGUAUUCAGAGGACGCGCAGAAUAGUCAGCAGGCACCAGAGGUGCAACAGAAACAGCAAGCAUGGUCGCAACAAUCAAGAACACCUCCACAGGAUCAAAUAUACCCACCUCCAAGUUCAUCCAUUCAGACACCUAAAACGACACCAGCUAAAGAGGAAGUUAAAGCAAGUACAAAUUACGUACAACCAAAGCCAUUCCCCUCUGCUUAUGAUAAAGAAACGUUGAACCCUGCAGCAAGCACUCCUGCUAGAGAUGCAGUGGAAGAUGUCAACAUACAUCCAAGGGAGAAUUAUCCUACCAAUACCGAAAAUAAAGAAGAUGCUAAGGCAUAUGAAGAUGAAGAAGCAAAUAAUUAUGAGGCAAAUUCAGCAUCAAAUACUGCCUCAAAUACUGCAGCAAAUUAUGCUCCAGCAUCUGGUUCUAGCCUGGCACCAAAUGGUGUACCUGUACCUUCGAAUCCAGUUCAAGAUUUCGGGCAAACUGCUCCUGUUAAUACUCCACAAAAUUUUGCACCAAACCCGGCUUCAAAUAUGGUUCCAAAUUAUGCCCAGAAUGUUGCUCCUAAUUCAGCACAGCAAAAUUUUGCAACAGGUGCUUCGCAAAACAUUGGACAAAACAUUGCACAAAAUUUGGCUCAAAAUACCCCUGAAACAAAGCAAGCAUUUCAAUUUAAUGCUGUAAAUCCAUCGCUUGCUAAUACAGACAACAGUAACCGUAAUUUUGCAUUUCAACCUGUGAAACCGAUUAUGUUGAAGGUUCCAUCACUCGCUUUUAGUAUUAAUAAGAACAAUAACAAGGACAAUGUGAGAUAUCCAGCACCACAUUGCAUGGCUGUGUGUCAAAGCAAGUGUUUGCCUUAUUGCUCGAAUGAAUGCUGUGGUAUCAAUACUUAAGAUUACAAACGUUUAUGACAUUAGUGUAAUAGGCUGAAACAUACACAUUUGUUUUAGUAUGAUAUAUUGAUCCGCCUUUAUGCAGUUUAAAUAGACAUUUUACCAUUAAAUUCCCACUGUUCUUUUUUGUUAUUAGGGCACCAAGCAGCACGUGAUGGCUUUUAAGUUUAAAUAAAAACUAAAGCAUUUAUUUUUACUAGCUAUUUUUAUUUUUAACUUAGUGCUAUCUUUAUUUCUAUUCUAAUUUUUAUUUCUACUUCGGUUAAUUUUACUCCUUUUUAUUUUAUAACUAGAAUCCCCUUUCGAGGACAGAAAUAAUGAAUUAAAUUAGCUCGUCUCUGUUUUCUUUUAAAACCUUGGUAACUACAAGUUAUUGAAUUUUUAAAUUCUAUUAAUCCUAAUCUCUGCAAUAUAGUAGCCAGGACGUUGCCAGUAAUUGCAUUUAGUUGUCAACGCUUACAAAAAUCAUUUGUUGAGAGGUGUGUUGUACGAAACGCAGAACAAAUUGAAUACAAUGAUUUAUUUACCUAUGUCAUAAGUGUAAACAGCGUCUUAGGUCUGGAAAUUAACGCUUUUGAUAAUUUUAGAGCCCCGAUACAAUGGGCUAGAAUUUUAUGAAACGUAGUAGGAAUUGCGUAUCUUAUGUUCUUUAUUUAUAUGUAAAAACUUUUGUGGAUAAUAUUAUAUUGACUAAUAGAGAAUUAAUUGUAUUAAGUAUUCUUUAACACUUGUAAACAUGUAGAUUAUAGAGAAAUUUAUUGACUUUGAUUUA